CUCUCGCCGCGGUGUCUCCGUGCUUUGAUGAUUGUUGGUGAUUUCAGACUUGGGAGUUGACCUCACCAUCUGCUUUCUCCCAACUCCUCACGCUCUUUACACGAUCAUCACACUCUUUCACAAUACAAAACGCCCUUGAACGAAUAUCUCUACCGUCUUCCCCUUUCACGACUCAAUCUUGUCCUUUCAACACAUAGCUCCAUCACGUUAACGCGAUACCUCUCACAACCAUGUAUGCCUCGGAUAACGCACCACAAGCUGGAGGAAGGGCCAAAAAGGUCGCGGCGGCACGUGAAAAGCUCAAUGCUUUUCGAGCGUCACGUUCCUCUGGAUCAUCCGCUUCUUCAUAUUCCUCUUCCUCGCCUAAUCUAUCUUCUCAACCUUCCUUUCCGGAUCCUUUGACCACAGACAUAACUGCCAAUAUCCUUGGCAAAUCUGGGGACAGGGGACCGCCUUGCGAGAACGCGGAGGACGAGGAGCAUACGCGACUCAAGAAACCACGGAGCAGAGGCAGUUUGACCACCGACCAUCGUCGACGUCUCUCUGGACAUACUCGCACUCAUUCGAGGCAGCUUUCGUCCGUUUCUGGAAACACCACUUCAUUCGGCUUGGCCCGGGGAAAUGUCAUUGACCUGUUCGAUCACGCUUUGACAUUUGGGUCCGAUCUCCCUCCGUUCCCCACAGGCUCGUCGUCUGAACAGACUGUGCCUACACCUGUGACGCCUGUCUUCAGCGACGGGAUUGACGCCUUUCCACCAAACAGCUCUGAUGAAGACCGAGGAGCAGUGAAGGAUCGCCUCUCAAGCUUUUCAUUCGGUGCCAAACCUCCUGCGCAUGCUCUGCGCUCAUUGUCGUCUCCCCAACCUCCUCCCUCCGUUCGACGUCUCGCCUCUCCAUCUGCAUCGCCUAGCUCAUCACCCACUCGGCCUCUAACCACACCGUCUGCCCAUGGUCCAAGUCUGCUCUUAACACGUCCAACUCCCCUCGCCUCUUCGUUGUCCCCUUCAAUGGGUACUUCUCGUUCCGAGGGACCACUCAGUCCCUCGUCCACCCCAGCACGAUCAAGACGCCAUUCUCAUACUCGCUCCAGCUCUAUCUCACUCCCUAAUCUGAAACUCGCCUCUCGACCACCAUCCCUCGGCAUCCCUUCAUCCCCUUCGUUCCCCACUUCCCCAGCUUCACCCAAUACCCUCAUUCGAUCCCAGCCGAAUCCCAACAUCCAAGGUACCCGACUAAAGUUUGAGCCCUCUGGACGAGGCGCAGAGGCCGAAAAGGAGAAGGAGGAUUAUCGACGAAAGGCCUUGGAAAAGCUCACUGGGUCACCAGUGAUUCCAGAUGAACCCGCCUCAGUCUUUGGUAUGGAAAUAGCAUUGCCUGAUCUUGAUGACGAGGACACGGCUUCCAUCGCUAGUCCUGUUCGACCGUUUUCCGGUGUCGGAUCGUUCAGCUUUGGUAGACCCGCGUCGUCUUCCUACACACCGGGCCUCGAAUGGCCAGUCGGACAGGAUGAUCAUUCCCCAGCAGAGAUGCGGUGGUCAACUUUCAACCUCGGAUCGGACAAGGAGGAAGGACUAGGCUUUGAUCUGCCGCUUGCCACGUCAUUCUCGACGCCAGCAGUCAGCAGUAUAGAGCCGAUUGGUAUGCCCUCUCGGCCCAGUUUACAGCGCAAUCUGUCUGUCUUGGCGGAGGUAGAGGAACCAGAGGAAGAGGACGAACCUGUCAAGGCGGAGAUUUGUGCCUCGCCUGAAAUGGACGUUCCCUCUUCGGUAUUAGAAUCGACUCAUACUACACCAAAGGAAGCUCCAAGGCAACAACAAGCGGAGCCAACGCCCAUCGUCGCUCCAACUCCUUCUCGACUUCGGCAGCUUCAACUGCUGUCGAAUCAUUCAUCAGGAUCGAAUGCUGAAUCAACGCCCUCGGCACACAGCUCCACCGGUCAAGGCUCUCAAGUGACUCCUGGAUCUCCUACCAAAGUGUACGGUACCAUUGGUCGAGGGAGACCGCGUCCCCUUGCACUGAACAGCAGCGCCUCUGCAGACACCAUUGAGGCUUCAAAUGCUCUGUCUCCCGUCAGGAUGACUCCGCAAAACGCCUCGCGACGCGGCGCUACUCGUGGUGGCCGGUCUAGGGGCAGUUCCAUUUCGUACGUCAGAGACGAGUCGACUUCGUCCAGCGUCUCUGCAACGGCCUCCACUGCAUAUCCUGCGUCGUCCAGCAGUCUCUCUCGCGAUUGGUCUGAUGGAUCGUCUGGAGAUAGUAAGAUAAAGAACGCCUUCUCCUCACAAGCCUCCGUAGAGUGGUCUCCUUCACUCGUCGGAUCUCCACCACUGUCAUUCGGACGGUUUUCUGGGUGGGGCAAUAUGCCUAGAUCGGGACCCAGUCGACCGUGCCCCAGGCCCAAAAGUAUUGCAAGUCUUGGCGCGGAUAGCAAAGGUGCAGGAAGGAUACUGGGAGAGGUGGAUGAAGCAGAGGAGGAUGACCUGCGAUGUCAGGUUCCGCCAUCUGCUGUGGAUGAUGAUGCGCCAGCCGUGAUCCGCCGGUCGCCAAGAUCCUUCGACCCUGGGCUCGGGCUCACUGGGUCUCACUCGACGUCCCUAUGGCCUCGAUCCGAUAUCAUCCUGGGCCCUAACGCUGGGUCCUCGUUCUCGUGGCGCGACCCUCAGCUCGAAUUGGAAAUGGAGAGGGACGCUCUGCGUGAGGACGUUGAUAUUUGGAAAGCUAGGUGUCAGGGUCUUGAGGAGAGACUCGAGUUGGAGAAAAAGGAAGUGGUCUUGCUCAGAGAACGCGUCAGGAAGCUUGGCGACCGUCUCUCAGCUGUUCAAUCGUCACAUCCUUCAUCCCAUUCGCCCGCUCGAGACUCUCACGACUCGUCACUGUUGACGGAGAUGCGGACUCAAUUGUUCACUCUGACAGCUCAAUUGGAGCAAGAACGACGUGAGAAACAAGCAGCGAUGAGCAGGGCCGAGACCUUGCAGUCGCAAUUGUCUACCACGCAUGCCAAGCCUUCACUCUUGCUUCAACCUGUCCCAAGAUUACCACUUGCCAUCGUAACGCCAGCUACGCCACUCGACCCAAAGUGUCCUCCCCUGGUACCUCAGACCACAAACUUCACGCCCUUUGCCGACCCUAUAGCUCGACAUGUCCCUUCACCUGCACCUACUUCUCCUGCCUCUUCACCCGUCGCAGCGUGGACUCUACCACCAUUGCCAAUCGCCCUUCCGCCCGUAGAUCCGCUGAAUGACAUGUCCGAGUCGCCAUUGGGAUCUGCCUCUGACGCCCAUUCUCCAGGCGAUGCCAAUCUUUAUCGAAUGCGAGCUUGGGGUUUCCCUUCUGCUACGAAGGCUGCAUCCAGUUCAAAAUCGCGUCGAAACAGAGAUUCCUUCUUUGGUCUGUCCAAUCCGCUACAGAGGAACUCUGUCGAUCAUGGAGGUGGUGAUCAAGGACUAGAUUUACCGCCCAUCGAUCUGAGUCUAGCAGUAGGCGAGGCCGAGCGGGAUACCGAGCGUCUUGACCGAGGUGCAGGAUCCCAGCCAUCCGACAGUCAAGUAAGGGAGUCUCCCAGGCCCAGGGUGCCUCAAAGUACAUCGGCAACCUCGUCAGUUUCAUCCUCAGUAUCAUUCUUUUCUGGCUAUUUGCCUAAAUUUUCGUCUCCCCCCAUGGGCAAUCGUCAAGACCAGAACCCAAGUCAGCAUCAGCAGCAGCAGCAGCGGUCUAUGAUUAUGAAGGGCAAGGAUGAUGUCAAGCCAGUAGCUCCUCCCUGUAUUUCGACCGCACCUCAGAAGCUCGACUUCAGACCUGGCUGUCGAUGUUGUGUGGGAGAGGUGAUGGAGCUGUAAGGGGAGGAUGAGCAGUCGUGCGCUGUGUGCUGCAUCUCAGGUAUGAGCUGUGUCUACCUUGAACUUUUUUUUAAUCAUAUCAUGUAUCAUCGUCAUCACAUCAUCCCCAUUCAUACCAACGCAUUGCCGCCACCCAAAGAAACGAAAAGGCCA